AUGAAUCCAUCUCUUCUUCAUAAAUUCUCACAACCUUCGGACCAAAGAAUCAUACCCCUCUCUUUAAGCCAUUCAAACUAGUAAAAGAUGGGGAUACUGAAGAAGAAAAAACACGACCGAAAGCCGUCGUUUAAGAGUGUUUUAACCUCAAUAUUAGCUACACAAGCCGCAAUAUUCCUCUUGUUGCUCGCCGGUGUAUCCCUUGCUGGCACAGCCGCCGCAUUUAUCGCUACCAUGCCACUAUUCGUAGUAUUCAGUCCGAUUCUCGUACCAGCUGGUAUUACCACUGGUUUACUGACUACAGGUUUAGCAGCCUCCGGUGGCGCCGGUGCGUCGGCUGUCACCAUCGUCCUGUGGCUCUACAAGCAAGCAACGGGCAAGGAGGCACCACCUGCCCUAACAAAAAUUUUGAAAAAAGUAGUACCUGGAGGAGGUGCUGCAGCCGCACCAGCAGCCGCACCGGCAGCAGCGCCAGCAGCAGCACCGGCAGCAGCGCCAGCAGCGGCACCGCAGCAGCGCCAGCAGCGGCACCGGCAGCAGCGCCAGCAGCGGCACCGGCAGCAGCGCCAGCAGCGGCACCAGCAGCUAAGCCAGCAGCGGCACCAGCAGCUAAGCCAGCAGCCGCUCCAGCACCUGCUCCAGCACCCAAGCCAUGAGACAGCAGCCGCACCGAGUAUAUGAAAAGAAGUGGUGGGUACAUAAAAAAAAAAUUAUAAUUUUACGUGGAGAUGAAAUUUUUUUCAAGUAAUAUUCUACUAAUGGAUGUCGUGGUACAAAAUAAUAACUAAUGUAAGCAUUCUGUUGUAUAGCACUUUAAGAAAAACGAAGCGAUGUACUCUUACAGUUCAUAUUACUUGUUGUUUUAAGUUUAUGU